UUUCCUAAAAUUAUAGUUUAUUGUGGUCUAGUCUACUGUUACCUUAUUACCAGGUUACUUAUUACUGAAGUUCGAAAUUUAAAAAUCCGCGUGGUAUCGCAGUGACUGGAACGAUUAGCAUUUGUUUUAGCUCACAAUGCAGAUAUUCGUGAAAACCCUUACGGGUAAGACUAUCACCCUUGAGGUGGAAGCGUCAGAUACUAUCGAGAAUGUUAAAGCGAAGAUCCAGGAUAAGGAAGGUAUACCUCCGGAUCAGCAACGAUUGAUUUUUGCUGGCAAACAACUGGAAGAUGGUCGUACUCUUUCAGACUACAAUAUUCAAAAGGAAUCCACGCUUCACUUGGUGCUCAGACUUAGAGGAGGUACCAUUGAACCAUCUCUCCGUAUCUUAGCUAUGAAGUACAAUUGUGACAAAAUGAUCUGCCGCAAGUGCUAUGCUCGCCUCCACCCUCGUGCUACCAACUGCCGUAAGACCAAGUGUGGACAUACCAACAAUCUCCGCCCUAAGAAGAAGCUGAAGGAUUAAAUAAAAUUAGAUUUAUUUGCAUUUUUGACCAGCAAUUUUACAUUGUAAAAAUGUAACAAAGCCUAUAAAUUAAAGUGUACCAACUAAA